AUGGAGCUGUGCUCACGCAUUCUACUGCCAGAAUGGGCAAAGGCUCUUGCAGAUGGUGACAAAAUGUUUGAAGUCCAACGCUACCGAUCAACCUACAGAAACCAGAUGAAAUUUGCCAAGGAAGAUUCUGUCAUUGUCGUGGGCGGUCAGGGAUCAAGCAGAAUCUCUGCGUUUGCUGUCGUUCAGCUUUGCGUCCGAAGGGUUUCCUAUUGCCAAGCUAGGGCCCUUGCAGACCUGCUGCCUCCUCACUUGGAUCAGGCAUUCAAGGAAUACAUUCAGCAGGGCUAUUGCUUUGACGUUCUUCUGUUUAAGAAGGUGGUGGAUGUCCGACCGCAGAACAUUACAUGGAGGAACCUAGAGGCAGAGCUGGGCAAGCGUGUAUGCAGAAACAACGGCUUUCCGAAGAUUCCGCUGACUUGGGACAAUGAAAUCUCAGUUCAAAAGAUCUUGACAGACCCUGCGUGUGUGGUUCAUUGCCACGUGUGGCCACAGUGGGAAGCUGUGGCCAACAAGCAAUGCUUGGCUCUCAUGAUUGCCAGCUUGCCGUUGCCAACAAAGAUGCCAGAUGUGCUAGAUGAAGUUGCCACGAUGUACGCAGGCCUGUCUGGCGCUGACUACAAAGAUGCUGAAACUUGGACAGGUCUGAAGAUCCAAGCAGCGGAGUUGAGUGUGCAAAAGGACUCGUUGGGGAAGAGUCUUAUUCACCAAUGGCGGUGGGAUUCCACCUCGCUUUGGUCAGGGCGUUCAGCAGAAGCCAGGAAUAUUGUAGGCAUUGCCCACAGUAUCUUGGCAAAUGGUUUCCGGCAAGAAGAAAGCAUAUGCUCAAGGGAUGCAGUGUGGGGGCUGGAGAGCCUCCGUUUUGGAGAUGGCAUGAAAAGGGGUUUGGCAAGCAAAUUAGUUUGGGUCUUGAUGCGCAAAGCCAUUUCCGAUGGGAUGUUGAAAGAAGACCCAGAAGCUGUGAAAGUCUUCAGCAGCCUGGUGGGCCUGCCAACAUUGUAUGAGCAGGGCGUGGACCUGGUGAAGCAAGCAGUUAGGCAAAACGUCCGAGGCACAUACAUCCAACCACUCUCAUGCCUACAGUGGGCUAACCUUGCCAUCUUGGAGAAGUACCCAUCGCUCAGCAGCAUUGGCCAAGACAAUGCCCAGCUUUUCAGCUGGGAUGACCCAUGUGCCCGACGUGAGGUUGGCAAGGGCCUGUGCGCGAAGCUUGAUGAAUUGCUGAGUGGGUUCCAUGCACAGGUGGACUCCGAGGGGCUGGUGGUGGAAGCCCCAAAGAAGAAGCAAAGAAGGGGCAGAAGAGCGCAAACGCAAGGUGGAAGCCAGAUACCAGUUGAGGAGACAAGUGAAAUUAAAAUUGGAACACAGAAACAGCAGGCGAUCAAGAACCUCUUGAUGGGAUGCACGCCCGAAUCCUUCCGUAUGAUGUGUUGCCACCUCUCCAACUUUGUUGGGGGCGGUGAGAAGCGCAGUGCCUUGACACCAGAGGUUCUUGCCUGGCGACACCUAUGGCCCAUGUCUCCAGUGCCGGAUGGACAGGCUCCUUCAGAAGCGGAAGAGGUUGCCAGAAGGUCAGCUCCACUCCACUUUGGGGUUGAGCUUUCCACUGCUGACCAUGAAGGCCUCCUGGGAAAGUUGAUAUCAGUCUUUGAGAGUGAUGCGGAGAAGACUGGUGGGAAUGCUAAAGUGACUCUGGACGCUUUGUGGCGAUACCGCCUAGUCAUUCAGCACUGGAACAGGACUGUCCAUGGAUGCGCGAAGAAUGAUUUGGACAGUGAUACAUACACAAUGGUAUCUGAUGCCAUGCUUCUGGGAGAUGCCCUUGACUCCCAGUUUUGCCAGGCGCUAAAAUCAUUCCCUUUAGAGUUCGGGCUUACAAUGUUGCCAGAUGUCAAGUCGCUCCAGUCGACAGAUGCUGAUGCAGAGGAGGUUGAAACAGCUAUAGAGAAAGCAGAAAAACAGGAAUGGCAAGCAAAGCUGGCCGGCUUGGAGGCAAAACUGGAAGUUGAUCAGCGCCUCCUGCGGCAAGUGAAUGAUGGGUAUUCUGUCUUGAAUGACUGCCUCGACUGGAUCACAACCCAAAAGAAACUUUCCAUGGCCAAGAAGGCCCGUGAUGUUGUGCAGGAGCACCAAGACUACUUUCUCCCAAUCCUGGAGCUGGAUGAUUUUUCCAACCUUCCAGGAGCACUCGAGACUUUGUUGUCCUCCUUGCCAGCUGUCAAUAGCGGCCAGAUGUCAGACCGCCAGAAGGCUGAGACUAAGAAGCUGAUAGUCUUCCAUGUUGACUUCAACGUGUCAACUCAAUUUCAAUGGGAUUUCUUUGCUCGUGGGCGGUUGAUGUGUUGGGGCACUGAGAAGGACCAUGACAAUCACUUUUGGCAAGCCUCAGAGCUGGUCAGGACUGGGAAGGUCCCAGAAGCUUCAACUACUGCAGAGAUUUUGUGCAUCACCCAAUCUGCUGAUGACACAGACAAGUUUGAUACGAUGCGAAUCAACCCAGCCACUCGAAGCGCCCAAAAGGGCGCAGAGGUUUGGCGAAACGUCUACCAAAGCUUGCUUACCUCUUCAAAAGCCCUGUCGCCACACGCAAGACCACUCUUGGCAGCUGGAGAUGAAGCCAUGGUGGUGGACUUGCAUGUUCACGCAGGCGACCACGCUCUUGGCAGCGUUUUGCUGAGCUCAAGCCUCUCAACCCCGAAUGUGGCUUACAGACACAUCUUGGUAAAGCUGAAAGAGAAGAGGUCCAUUGCUGCUGUGGAGUGGACCCAGAAACGUCUGGGCACCUUUCUAUGCACCAAGUGGUUGAAGCAAGAGGUCAAACUCUUCUCGAAGUCUGGUGACACAGUUCCACCUUUGAUGACAGAAACCACAGACAAGAGCUAUUUGAAGACGAUUCCUGGAGCGUGGGAGGCAUACCAAGGAACAAGGUCUUGGGAGACAAAGCUGCGAGCGUGCUCGAUUUCAGGCACCCAUGUCACGAUUAUGCCCUCGCUGAUUGCUGAAUUCAGCCAUGCCCCACCAUCCGUGAAAGAAGUGCUGGAUCAAAUUCAAAAGAAGCACAAUGAGCACUUCGCUUCAAUUUUGCAGGGAAAGAUUGCGCAAUCAGCUGUUGGUCAGACGACUGAGGAUCCAAGGCCAGCUUCCAGCGCAGACCCUGAUCCAAGCCCAGCAUCAGGUGUUGAGCUUGCUGGACCAGAGAAUGAGACGGCUCUCCGCCAGAAUGAAAAAAUCAUAUGUGAUGUGAAAUGCUUUGACAACAGGGCUCUCACUGUGCUUGUGGCAGAGAGUGGCCAUGCCUGGCUUCUGCUGAGCAACAAGGAGCAGCCAACAAUUGUGAAAAGGGGAACCAAGAUAGCAGGAGUGGGCAGUGGAAAAAUGUCUACCUUGGAAGAUGGAAAGCCUGGCGUGGUUGUUCAAUUCCCAGACCAGGGCAAAACGUUGGUUGAGGCUGUUGUCAGUGGUCAGUCGGAUGAAGACAAUGAGGCCAGGGUUAAGAAGGGGAGCCUCUAUAUGGUCGCAAAGGAAAUGCUCAAGCUUUUUCCCUCUGAAAAGCUUCUCUUGACCGGCCAUGAUAUCACCAUCCGCCCAGUGCAGGAAGGCCAAACCCAUGGCUUUGACAUUUCCAAGCAAACUCAGAGCUGGGGGUUCACUUUGAAGGAUAAAGAAGUCACUUCAUGGGCCCCUGGUAGUGCCGCGCGCACCUUGGUUGAGAAGAAAGUGAAGCUCCAUCCAGCUGCGGGGUGGUUGUGGAGGUUCAGCUUCGACAAAGUCCACGCAAAGUUCACGGCCAAGAAACCCUUUCUUGUCCUAGUGUCAGAUGUCAAGUUGUCGCCUGGAAAGCCUGUGAAGCUGACUUCUGACCCUUGA